AAAAAACCCUAAACUGGUGCGACUACCUAAUACAACUGCCUUGAAAACAAUUUUGACAUUAGAGCACUGCUGCGAGAAAAAACGUUCCGCUUCGUUAUCUGAUGUGGAUGGAUUCAGGGAAAUCUGGAAAAUGACUCCAAACGAAAACAAAGUUGUAAAGACCAAUCCCGAUAAGAAGUCCCUAAAGGAGUUGACAUUCUCUGUUGUGGGCGAUGAUGGUGUGAAGCUUAACAUUACUGCUUUGGAUAAGUAUUGGGCUCCGCGAUCCAUAUUUUCCAACUAUACCGGUCUGGUAGUCUCUGGUGGGCACUUUAAAGAGGGCGCUGCAUUGGAUGAGUGGAAACAUGAAGCUGAAACUUUCAAAAUUGAUAUGGAGUUCUUGCUGAGCUUAAGUCAACAUGAAUUCUGGUCAUAUCUGUUAUAUCAACAGUCCGCCUUGGGAGCCAUUGUCUCGUUUCUGCAAAAAGCAACACCAUUUUACAUAAACGUCUUCACCGAACUCCCUGCCACCGAAGUUCAAGAGCUUUAUGAGUACAUUCUUAACCUAAUUUUACGCAUAAUAUGUCGCGUACUUUCACCCAAGGAGUCAAAUGAGUCAUGGAUAAAAAAGGAAGAUUUAAAGAUGCUGAUUUAUGAAAAUUAUCUUGUGUCCAUUCCAAUGCUCUUCGAUUUAUUGGUAGCCGUGGGAAAUGGAACACAAGAAAAUAUCGAUCUGUUAAAGAAGAUUUUCGACACACUCCUAUUGUUGCAACCAAACUAUAAAAAGGAUUUGCAACAUGCCUUGACGUAUUUUCGAGUAGCAUUCCGUUCGAUUCAUACCCAAACGGAAAAUGAGGGUUUCGAGGGGGCCGGUGGUGGUUUGCCCGAUGAGAGUUGUGAAACACCCUUUGAUGAUGUGGUUCUCUAUGCAUUGGAUUGUGCCUUUACGUUAAGUGUUUUGCUGGAUGUAUGCCCCGUUGCCAAAGAGAUAUGUCUGGAAAUAAAAUUACCCCAGGCCAUUGCUAAUUUCUACGACAAUACCCUGCCGUUCCUCUAUAAGAACAUAUAUGUGAUAAAUGAGCAGGCAAAAAGUCUGUUAUGGAUAAAUCAUGCCCGUAUACAGCUUUUGAAAUCAUUUCGAAACAUUGCAUAUUCGCAUGUCGAACGCGUUUUGGCGAAACCAGAGGCUGGUCUUUUGGCUUCGGAAGAAUUUAUUGGCCUCAUGACGGAAUGCCUAUCCGAACAGACAUUUGUUGUGGACUAUGAACGUCAUUAUCCCAUGUCAAUGGAUAUGGAUAUUCUCAAACAAGCCUGUCCCGAUUUAGAUAGCUUUAAAGCCGAUUUCGUUGUGGAUGGCUAUCGAAGAGAAUGUGCCAGUGCUGCGGUAGAUCACAUAAAUAACAACGACUUGAAACAAGAAAUCUAUAAUGAAAGUCCCAGUCCAACCCUACCAACUCCUGUAGAAACUACCAACAAUACGCCAAAUGAAAACAGUAAUCCCACGGAAGCCUCAGCAGCAAACCGUGACCUUGAAUUGGAAGUAACAGUUGUUCUCGAUUGUCUACCACAUUUGGGUACUGGGUUUGUGAGACGCAUCCUCAGUCGUUAUAACAAUGCCGAAGAGGCCAUAUCUGCUGUUUUGGAAAAUAAUCUGCCACCCGAUCUAGCUGAAGCAGAUCAAACAGAAGUCUAUAUACCACCUGAUCCACAGGAUGCCCUGUACAAAGAGACUGGUGUCAAACACUUUAAUGUCUUCGAUGGUGAUAAAUAUGAUAUAAUGACCCAAGAUAAUCCCCAAUGUAUUAUCAAGCAAGGUAAGGGUAUGCCAAAUGCCCCCAAAAAUGCUGCCCAGUUACUAGAUGAUAAACGUGAUUUGGCUGCCAUCAGACACAGAUAUCAAGAAUAUUCUUUGGUAACGGAGGGCGGUGGUGACGACGAGACCGAAGACCAGGAAUAUAACGAUGAAUAUGAUGACAGCUAUGAAGCUUUGCUCGAGAGUGAAACACGUGUGGUUAAAUCCAAAGAUAUGAAACAGGUAUUGGCAAAUGUUGCCGACGAAUCGGAAGAUGAUGAAAAUGAAUCGGACGAAGAAGAUACGAGUCAAAAAGAAAAUCGUAAAAACAUGAACUUUUGUGAAAAUCCCGAAGAUGUUCGAGCCCGCUACGAGGCCAGGCGCCAAGCUAAAUGGUACAAGAAAGGAGUACCCACUCCAACGCCACAAAACUUCGAUGUGGUUGGCAAGCAGAAGGGUCAAGGUCAGGAGAAAGAUGUUUGAAAUCGUCAAAAGAAAGAGGCCAAUAAAUCGUCGAGAGCCAAUCACAAUCGCAAGGCUGGUGCCGCCUUUAAACGCAGUAAGGGUAUGCUUUAAGUGUGUGCUGUUAUAUUAAUAUGAUAAAAUAAAUAUUUUAAAAAUUAAAAAAACCGAUUU